AACAUCGCUCCGCUGUGCGCUUCACGGUAUAUUUUCUCUGAACGCUGGCCCUGUCCCGGUCCCUCUGCCGCACUUCAGCACCAUGUCGUCCGCCGAGCCGAGCCGUGCGGACUUGGGCCGGGCGCUCUGUAUCAUCACCGGGGCCUCCAGAGGCUUUGGCCGCACCGUAGCGAGGGAGAUGUGUCGGUUGGUGAAGCCGGGCUCGGUGCUCGUCCUGACGGCGCGCUCCGCCGACGAGCUGCGGGCUCUGCAGGAGGAGCUGCUCUGGUCGGGCAAAGCGGGCCUGAUAGUCGAGUGUGUGGUGGCAGACCUGGGACAGGCGGAGGGACCGGAGAGCGUCGUCAGAGCGUCUAAAGAAGCCUUUUCUGAGGAUAUAGAUCACGUUAUACUGGUCAACAACGCUGCCUCUCUGGGUGACGUGUCCCGCUACGCCAAGAGUUUCACCCACACAGCAGAGGUGGACUCUUACCUGUCUCUCAAUGUGAGCUCCUCCCUGUGCCUCACCGCUGGCAUCCUGCAGGCUUUCCCACAGCGUCCAGGUGUGAAGCGGACUGUGAUCAACAUCACCUCUCUGUGCGCCCUGCAGCCUUUCCGCUCCUGGGUGCUGUACUGCACCGGCAAGGCUGCCCGAGAGAUGAUGUUCAGGGUCCUGGCGGAAGAGGAGCCGGACCUGCGGGUACUCAACUACUCCCCAGGGCCUCUGGACACAGCCAUGCAGACAGUGGCCAGAUCCAGAACAGCUGAUCCGAGCAUCAAGAAGUCUUUUUCAGACAUGUUUGCUCAGGGCCAGCUGCUCACCUGCGAGACGUCCUGUGCCAAGCUGAUGAAGCUGCUGCUGGAGGACACCUACACAUCGGGAGCUCACAUUGACGUCUUUGACCUCUAGUAUGAGUGCUCACAGCCAGUCAGCAGUGGGCCAGAUUAUUCAUACAUGUGCCUUGAUUGGAUUGAAACUCUAUGAACUAUGUCAGUCUUAACUCUGUAGGAUGUAGCUUUCUAUGGUUAAAAAGACCAAUAUGAAGUAUCUCACUGAUUUUCAGCAAUUUUACCUUCACAACAUUCCAGAACUGAAGGGCGGUAAAGCCGCAGUCAUUAGCGUAGUGAGGAAAUACUUAGGUGAAAGCCUUUUUGGAUUUUUGUCCAUGAAAUUUUGAUAGAGCAACAGACAGGAAAUGCAGGGAGAGGAAACACCUCGUCACAUGUGUCCUACCCACUAGACCCCUGUGAUGAAUACAUGCUUUAUGACAUACAAGAAUUGUAAUGCAGAAACUAAAAGUUAACAAAAUGUAAAUUAAAAACACAAAACUGUAAAGAAUUGUAAGACAAAAAUGAGGAAUGAAGACACAAAAAACACAUGUAAACAAAAAAAUA